GGAGGGAGAACCGGUUGGUAUGCAAAACUAAUAAAGGGGGAAAUUUUGUGACAGAAGAGUUUGGAUUGAUUGAUGAUGGCCAAAUUUUCGGUUGACAGAGAAGAAGAUGAAGAAGAAGAUAAAGGAGCAGGAACAAGCAGUUACAUUAGCAGCAGUGAAAGUCCAAAACAUAAGAAGCAGAAGGUGGUUCCAAAGAGAUCAAAUGAUGAAAAAAAUAAGGAUCAAGAAGAAGUGAUGGUAAAAUCAGAAAAGGAAGAAGGAAUCAAUAAUAGUAGUAGCAGCAGUAUCUCUGUCACCUUAAUUGAUCCAGAAGUACUUGAUUGUUCAAUUUGCAUGGAACCCUUGACUCCACCCAUUUUUCAGUGUGAGAAUGGACAUAUAGCAUGUGCACCAUGCUGCACUAAGCUUGGGAACAAAUGCCCUUCCUGCUCAUGGCCUAUUGGCUACAACCGUUGCAGGGCUAUUGAAAAGGUUAUUGAAUCUAUCAAAAUAGCAUGCAAAUAUUCACGCUAUGGUUGUAAAGAAACAUUUAGUUACAAACAGAAAAUUAGUCAUGAAGAAAAAUGUAUUUAUGAACCUUGCACAUGUCCUAUCACUGAUUGUACGUUCACUGGGUCAUCUGAACGAUUAUAUCUUCACUUCAGCAGCAAACACUGGGCCUCUGCUAGGCGUUUCCACUACGAUUCCCCUUUUGCAGUUUCAUUUGAUAAAGAUGAUCCGUUUAUUAUCUUCCAAGGGGAAGAAGAUGGACGUCUCUUUCUUCUGAACAACCGAUUUGAACGUAUUGGAAAUGCGGUGUCAAUGAGUUGUAUAGGGCCUAGUACUGUCAAGGGAGGGUUCUCAUACGAUCUUAUUUCAGAAUAUGGGCGGACCUCUCUUAGAUUUAAAGCUUUCACCAAUAGCUUCAAUGGGCUGACGGAACCUUCUACUUCUGUGGAGUUUCUUCUGGUUCCAUAUAGUUUUUAUCGUUGUUUUGGGCAACUCAAGUUGGAGGUUUGUAUUCGGAGUUGUAGAGAAUUCAGUUGAAUCAGUGCUUGGUCGUUGGUGAAAUUCCUGUUGUACAAUAUGUUUACGUUGGCUUGUUGUCCUUAACAUUCUGUAAAAUAUUGUACAUGAUAUGCCUACCAUCUCUGUAAUCUAUGUUGUAAACUUCCUGUGUGCAUUCGAACUAUUCGUAAAUGCUUAAACCCACUUUCCAUUGCACUUUGUA